GAAGAAGGAUGUUUACAAAUGGCCGUCAGCCUUCGCAACAACAAGCUAACGCGGAGAUAUAGAGAAAGCUAAAGUCAAUUCCAUGAUUUAAUAUGUCGAGAGAUUGGGAAAAUACGUUUUCAGAUAUUGUAAGAGAGACAGAGGCAAAUCUAAGUAAAGUUAGGCAUCGCUUGCAUAGUUCCCAUCAUGGUGUUUAUGAUUCAUACAGAGAAAACAGAUCCAAGCCAAAAUACAGCUCAGCAAUAGGUUACCAUGGAAGACCAGCACAGUAUGGUAUACACUCUAAUCAGAGCUCUCCUCUCACAAGCCUUCAACAAGUUGAGAGCUCAAGCCUAUCGGACCAGACACCAGCAUUGGUUGCUUUGCUUAGUGAGAAAAUUGAAAAUCAGAAUAAGAUGAUCCAGACAUUAGCAUUGCAGGUAAAAUCGCUUGAAGAUGAUCGGGAUCGAGCCAACAACCAGGUGAAACAGUUACAUAGCGACUUAGUAUUUGUGAAUCGUCGUCUAGCUGAAAAGGGCGUUGACUUGGAAACAGAAAUGAAAUUGGAGAACCUUCAGCGCGAAGUGAAGUUGGAGAUUGGGGACCUCCAAACACAGAUGAAAAUACAGAGUAAAGAUAACAUUGGGAUGAAUGAUGAUGUUGUCAUGACGAUAAUGAGAGAUUUGACUGAUUGUAAACGUUACCAACAGGACGAUGCCAAUGCUAUCAGGAGGGAUAUAGAGAGCUUGCGUACACGCCUCAUCAAGAUUGAGAUCGAUCUUUCCAGCCAGGUGGGGGAGAAUAAGGAGGUGAUGCGAAAGGUUGACAGAAUACAAAGGACUGUAUCUGAUUUGUCAGCAUCUGGGCAAAGGCAGGUACUGGAGCUAGGCCACACCACAAGAGAAAAACAACGUUCAAGGCAGGAGUUACAACAGCUCAGGACAGAGAUGGAUCAAUUGCAAGAUUCUGUAAGCAAGUUGGAGAGUGGUAGUCUAAGUUUAAGAAGCAGUUUGAAAGAUGUGCAAAUGAGCAAGAAAAAACAAAAGAAAAUGGACACAUAUGCGAGUCUACCACUUGAGAAGAAUUCAGAAUUGUUAGGUUCAACAACCGAAGAUAGUGACAGUGACACAAGUAUUGAUCUAGAAGAGAGUCCAUCGUCCAAACCAAUGUCCAACCCAACUACCAGUAGCAAUCCUUCACAUCAGAAAGCAUCUAGAACAGAAGAUGACCUCUCUCUUAGCUACUUUUCAGAUCUACCUGACGGUGUUGAGGACGAUCUUCUCAGUUCCCCUUCACUCAAUUCACUUGACAUAGAAGACGACUUCCUCUGAGGGGAAGACGGAAAUGUGGUUGAUAUUUGGGGAAGAGAAAAAUGCCAUGUAUGUUUGUACCUCUUUGGUACCACCUCAUAAAUAGGACUGUGAUAAUGUAGCAAACUGAGAUGUACUUAUAAAUUUUUAAAGUAAUUAAUAGCCUUCUAUUGGAAAUUAGAAAUAGAAUUUUCUUGCAAAUUGGAAAAAUGUAUGAAUAACCUCUAUAUCGUUUACAUAAACAUAAAAUUUUUAUGGCAAUCAAUUUUAAGAUUUUAAUAGUAAAAGUCUGCAUAUCAGCAAAAACUGAUUUAAAAAAAUCAAUUUGUGUUUCAUUUGAUACUUUUAAAAUAAAAUUUUCAUUGAUUUAAUUGUAAUGUAAUGUACUUAGGUUUAAAUAGCACUUUACACCAGAAUCUGUUAGCGCUCAAAAUGUUGACUAGCUCGUACAGUGACUUUCUUCUUGCCUAAGGAUCAAUUUGUGUCUGGGCUACUUGGAAAACCGGUAGCGGUAAAAAAACUGUUCUCGUUAGUCCAAAUGUAUACCGUCUCUGUUGAAUGAAAUAAUAGAGUAAUAAUAAUAAUAAUAUGUUAGAAUUAUAUAGCACUUAUACCAACAAGGCCUAACGCACUUUACAGCACACUAUUAUUCCCGGUCAUUGGAUCAAGCACAUAUGGAACACAUAGCUCCCUGGUGAUAAUUCCAUAAUUUCGCAGCUAUAUUCGGCACAUUUUGUGUUUACCUACCAGGUACCCACUUGUGGGUGGAGAGACACAAGUAAAAUGCUUAGCAAGUAGGAUAUUUGUACUGCAAUAGUACUACAUUAAUUAAAACUGCACCUGCUGCAGGUCCUUAUGGCCUAGCUCUAAAUUUUCUACAACCAGUUGGGUAUUUUAUUUUACAUAUGUACUUAUUUAUACUUCUCACAUACACGGUUUUAAAUACUGUAUUUAUGAUAUUUAUAUGCUAAUAUUUAAAUGUUAGUUUCAAAACAUUAAUAUUUUGUAUAGUGUAAAAAAUUACUGAAUAAUUUUAGUAGCUUGUUUAAUACAAUUUUAAGUUUUGUAAUUGUUUUCUUCAAGCUUGGAUUAAAACAUAAAAACAUAAAAAUU